AACCCAUUGAACUGACAUAAAUUAUAUGUAGCAUUAAACAAGUUAUUUAAAUAUUAACUCUCAAACUUUGUGUAAAGAAAAUUUUUCCUAUGGAUUUGUGAGAAUUUUAACACCUUUUUUCAAUAAUAAAUCAUAUUUUGUUAUCUAAAUUAGGUGAGAAGACAGGAAAAAGAAACGGAAGAGAACUGCUCUCUCUAGGGAGAGAAGAAGAAUUGCAAUGUGAAUCACUGCAAAAUGAAAGCUAAACAAAAACGUAUGGGCCAAACAAACGGGCAUUCAUUUGUUGUUUGCGCCCAUUUUAUGCAACUCUGUUGCGAAUGAUUAACACUGAGCGAGAAUGCCAAGCUGAGCUUUGCGUGUGAGAGUGAGAGAACUGAGUAUUUGGAAAUUAAUCACAAAAAUAAAAACAAUGUGAAAAAACUGGUAUCUCUGCCUGUUGAAACAUGCAGUUAGGCAGGCAGACCAACGACAACCUUUCAAUGCCUGGCUCAGUUGCCAAUUGUUGUUGAAGUUGAAAAGACGUUAAAAUAAAUCGUUGUUUAUUAACAAAAGAAACGCUGUAUGAAUAAUAAAAAAAAAAAACAAACAAAAUCGCGGAAUAAAAAAAAACAACAGCAACAAAUAAAUUAUAACACACAAGUCUAUGCUGGGGCUGUGUUUACUUUUAACAGCGAUAAACAAAUUAAUAAAAAAAAAAACAGAAAAAUAAAUACAUUUCAAUAAAUUAUUUCUGCGAAUUGGCCACAAAACCGAAAAACAAAUAAAGAAGCACAACAAAAUCACAAGAAAAAAGGUUAAUAUUUGUCAAUUUUAUGCCCAGUGUUAUUUGGAAAUAACUGAAAUAAAUGUGACAAUUUAAAAGGAAAAAAAAAUAUUUAAAAAAAAUAAGAAAAGAAAAAAUAUUGGAAAUAACUGAAAUAAAUGUGACAAUUUAAAAAGAAACAAAUAUUGAAAAUAAUAAGGAAAUCUAAAAGAACCUGAUAAAAAAAGUUAACAAAAAUUACCACAACAUGAAAAUAAACCUUGUCAAUCCAUUGGAUAAUCCAUCCAAAUAAAAACCCCUCAACCAUGGAACAUAAUCAAAAUUGUUCCGAAUUCAAGGAGAAUCUACCCCAAACUGAGGACAAAGAAAUUUCAAAGAGAAGUGUUAGAAACGUAGAGCAGCAGCCUUUGCGUGUUAAGCCACAGAAAUAUUCCAAGAGUAUGGAGAGCAAUGCCAUACCUUCAACACCUGAUUCCAGUCCGGCCACAGUAACAACAACCACAACCAUCACCACAAACAGUACAACAACAUCAUUGCGCAAAAAACGUCUGCAGCGGCAAAAAUCCACUGUCUACAGUGGUGAUGAGACAGAAUAUGCCGCCGAUUUGGAGGAGGAAGAGGACGAUGAAGAAGAUGAAGGCUACAGUCCGGCGGCCAGUGAUAGAGAUCUCAGUCUACCCAUUGCUUCGAAUAUAACCAAUCAGAAAAAGAAACAGGUUCGCUUCCGCAGCAAACAACAGAGUGAGAGUUCCCUGCAGAUCAAGGGCAUCUUGACAGGCACACAGCAUCACAAUCCCUUGGACAAGACCCCCUCUUCCUCGUCGUUGACUUCAUCCCUAAAUUCUUCAUCGGGCACUGCCAAUUCCAGUGUCAUUAUCGGUCACGAGAGACGCCUGAGAUCGGAUGGCUCAUUUGAUUCCAUACCCGAAUUGCCACACAGUUUUACCCCCAAUGCGACCACCACCCCUAAUCACUUUCAGUUUCACCGCAACAUCUUGAAACGGGACAAUUCAAUACAUUCCGAUUCGAGUCGUUACUCCAGUGUUGAUAGUCUGCUGGAGGCGCGAAAACCUGAUCCCGAGGCAAUACUUAUUAAUUUGGGUUUUGGUCCAGUUAAUCCGGAUGAUAUUCUAUCGCGGAUACCCAAGAGAUUUCUGAAGCCCUCACAGGUGCGAGGUAUAGACACCGAGGCAUUUAUUAAGCGUAUACAAUUGGCCCAUACCUUGGCCGACCACAGUGUGCUGGGUUAUCGGGGUCUAACCGGGAAUCCUGAUGCUCCACCCUCGCAUAUUGUGGCGAAAAUUAUGGAACGUUUUGAGGUGAAUGAGAGGAAGAAGUCGCUGACAUCAAUGGAAUUGAAAUUGCGUUAGAGAGGCAGAAUAUGAUUGGGGAAAGAGAUCCCCCAAAGAGAGCCUCAAGUGCCAACUCAGUGCAUUUAAAACCAUUGAGAGAGAGAGAGAGAGAGAGAGAGGAGAAAAAAUGUCAAUCUAAUUGGCUUUUUCAAGGAGUAGAUUGAAAUAUCGAAAGUCGGAGAGUGUUUUUUUCUCACUCUCGGAAGUCUGCAGGAUAUUCCUGUGUUAUUUUGUGAUCUAGUUUUUCUUUUGCUUUAUUCCAAUAUUAACUUAUAACUACUUAACCUUAAUUCAUAGCUGUCUAGGUCUAGUCUAGAUCCUAAGUCUGAUUAUUAAGUCAAAUAAUAUGCCUUAUAUUUUCUAAGAGAUCCACACAAAUUGCCAGUCAAUUUCUUGUACUUAAGCUCUAAGCUUUGAAACAAAAACAACAACUUGUUACUUAAUUUUUUAACCUAGCUGUGUAAGAAAUGUUUUUAAUAAAAAAAAUAAUAAUUUUAAUAUAAA